UAAGAGAGUGGCAAAAGAGAUCAGUAGAUCUCUCGAGUUGCGGGCUGUGGCAACGGCCGUGGGAGUAGCAGCAAUAGUCCUCGAGGGUAUUGAAGCCGUCUUCAUGUCGUCGUCGACCCAAUGGCACCACCAAAUACAUCCCCUGCUCCGCCGCCACAGCUUCCCCUUGCUCCUCCUCCCCAUCCUCCUCCUCGUUGCCGCCCUCCUCUUCUCUCCCUCCGCCCCCAAUCGCUUCAUCUCCUCCUUCGGGUAUUUCUCGCCGGAGGUGGCCGACACCGACAUCUGGAGCGCGCGCCGGGUCGUGGAUUGGAGGCCGUGCGUUUGGUGGAAGAAUGCUUCCUUACCUGCUCUGCCCACGAAGACCAACGGCUACAUCCGGGUGGAUUGCUACGGCGGCCUCAAUCAGAUGAGACGCGAUUUCUGCGAUGGCAUUGGGAUAGCUCGGAUCCUAAAUGCGACUCUAGUCUUGCCCAAGUUUGAGGUGGCGGCUUACUGGAAUGAGUCGAGUGGCUUCGCCGAUGUGUUUGAUGUAGACUACUUUAUUCAACAAACGCAAGGUUUCGUGGAAGUUGUGAAAGAGUUGCCAGAGGAAAUCACAUCGAGAGAACCCUUUAGGGUGGAUUGCAGCAAACGCAAAGGCCAAUUUGAUUAUGUUGAAGGAGUGCUCCCUGCUCUGCUGGAACAUCGCUAUAUAUCUCUAACGCCAGCUAUGAGCCAGAGAAGAGAUAGGUAUCCAUUAUAUGCUAAGGCUGCCCUUUGUCAAGGGUGUUACAAUGCGCUGCGCCUUAAUAAGGCCUUGGAGGCUAAAGGUUCCGAGCUCUUCAAGGCAAUACCAAAACCCUUCCUCACCUUACACCUCAGAUUUGAACCUGACAUGGUGGCCUACAGUAAAUGUGACUACCCUGGACUCUCUUCGGCAUCCUUGGCCGCUAUCGAAGCAGCACGAGGGGAUAGAAAAUCAUGGACCGGUGAUGCUGCACGCAGUUGGAGGAAUCGUGGGAAAUGCCCUCUGACUCCAAAAGAAACAGCAUUCAUCCUCCAAUCUCUUAAAAUCCCUACAAACACAACAAUCUAUUUGGCAGCUGGAGAUGGUCUCCUCGAGAUGGAAGGCUUCACAUCAGUUUACACCAAUGUCUACACUAAAUCUUCCCUCUUAAACAGCAAAGAUUUUAAUCUCAUGCACGGCAACACGAAAGCUGCCCUGGAUUACUAUGUUUCGAUCAACAGCAACGCAUACAUUGCGACUUAUUUUGGAAAUAUGGACAAGAUGGUAUCAGCAAUGAGAGCAGCAAAUGUACAUUACAGAACGUUGGCUUUGAGCAGGAGGGCUUUUGCAAAUCUUACAGCACUUGGGCUGGAAGGGGUGGAGUUGGUUGAUGCUUUGUGGAAGUCUCACAGAGAAGAUUUUGUGAUGGGGAGGGGCACUGCUUUGCCUGAUUGUUUUUGUGAAUCUACUUUGUGAUACUUUUCACUCAUGUGCUUAUGAUAUUUGGAUCUGUAAUUUUAACAAGUUCUUUUUCUUAUAUUUAGGACAAGAGAACAUUUCGAGGCAAAUUUUUUUGCUCGUCAUGGCUGGGUAUCAAAAUGUUCAACAACACUCAAGAAAACAGCUUUACUGAGGUAUUCCUGUCA